CAAAUUUUUGCCACGAUGAGAACAAACAGAACAACGAGAAAUUAUCUUUAACAAAAAUCUUUCUUUCAUUUACGGCACGUAGAUACAAUGCUACGGACGUCGAGUAAAUCUUAUGUAUGCUGGAGAUGUGCUUUUCAAAGGGUCACAUCACCUGUAGCUUCAAAGUCAGAUGCGACGUUUCUGCCAAGAAUUAACCAACCUCUAUGGAAAAGAACUCUAGCUACCGCGCAACAUUAUAAUCUAAGUGGUAAUGAUCCACUUGCGCAGUUGCGCGCCUUAGAAGAACAAGACGGAAAGGGGAACAAAAUACCCAUCCGAGAACGCUUAAGGAAAUGGGAGGAAGAAAACCAAGAUGAAGUAAAAACCAUCUUGUCUGAUUAUGCAGAUACAGGCGAGCUAUCCAACAGCUUCACUCGCCCGCAGAAUGUGUCCAUGGGUACCUUUGAUGUGGCCGCGCCGCUAUUCGAUGGAGAUGAACUUGGCGACCUGCGCUCCGACGAUGCCAUUCUAAGACCCGGAGACAUGGUUGAGUUAAGCUCCGAAGGGUCGAGGCGACCUAUGUUGGCAAUUUGCUUGGGUCGUUACCACGGCUAUGAUCACUAUUACACAAGCAGCGGUAAAUGGUUCGUCGGCCUAGGCGUCAAGUCGCUUUUCGUUGUUCAAAAAUUCGUCUCUCCGGCUGAGCUCGAACCUGUCCUCAAGGAACUACCGACUGGCGCCGUACCGUUAGAAGCCCUGAAUGCUCUUCAGGAUCUUGGCCAUGGUCCUUCUAGAACCGCAGGAGCUAAGCUGCUGCGUAAGAUGUUAAAUUUUGCCCAUGAUGCAGAAGCCGUGUAUCAAGGAAAUGCCGGUACACUCGACGCGUCUAGCGCUUUCAUCGGCGAUCCAUUGAAACAUCGAUAUCUGACCCUGCACGAAAUCACCGAGCUACUGCUUCCUGAAUCUUAUCAAAAGGACGGAAAGUUUGAGCCGGUAGCCCUGUACGCUGUUCACAGAUCUCUCCUGCAAGAUGAAGUUUUCUUCAGACCCCUCAGGCAGACCGGCCACAGAAGAUCGUAUCUUUUCGAAAUCAGUCCGCUGUCCGAGGUACAAAUCAUCCAGAAAGUAGAGAGCCUAGUCCGAGAUUACUUAGAAAUAGACGUGGGUUUACGAGAAGGUAAAAAGGACGGUCCAUCUCCGGUGCACAGUUUCAUCAAAAACGCUCGCAAACUGAUCGACCAGAGCCGAGAAACUCGACUAUGGACAGAAAGCGGUAUCAUUGGACCGUCAAAGGUAAAAGCAACUUCGGCAAAAGCGUCGGCACCAGCUACCCAUCAGUGGUCCCCGACCGAUUUAGAGAUAUUGCAAUUUAUGGAGCUAUGGUCUAGCUACCAGAAAUUUCCAAGUUACUCACGACUUCAAUGCUUUGGAUCUACUAUCUUACGAGCCCUCGACAGGUAUCAAGACGCCGGAGGCUAUUCAGUAUCAACAGGCUGGACUUUCCUACAAGAAGUUGGCUGGAUACCAUCCUGGGAAAUUCCUGCUCGAUAUAACAUACGUUUCCCAGGUGUUGAGAUUAAACGGGGAGGAGGCUACGUUCGACCCUACUACGGCAAUCUUGAUCGCCACAUAAAAGGAGACAUCUUAGCUCCCAUGAGGAAACCCUGGAAACUCACUGCUUAUUGCAUCGACUCUGAGACUACCAUGGAUAUCGACGAUGCCGUCUCAAUCGAGAAGAGUUCCAAUCCUAACCAAUUUUGGAUUCAUAUCCAUGUUGCAGAUCCGGCUUCUUCAAUCCAGGCCGAAACGCCUGUUGCUAAGUAUGCCGAGCUGAUUCCAGAAACGAUAUACUUGCCUGGUCACUUCGAGCGUAUGCUACCCCAAAAUAUUGGCCCAGACAGAUUUUCUUUAGCCCCAGGCAGACCUUGCUUGACGUUUAGUGCGUUGGUAGACAAGGACGGGCACGUUUUGGAUCGCAAGAUUACACCCGGAAUUCUAGAGGAUGUCGUGUACAUGACCGAUGGGGAUGUUGCUUCAGUAAUUGAAGACCACCGGGAGCAUCCCGCUACCGGACAAGAAGACGAGGUAAUUAUUGGUCCUAUUCCGAAGGCCAAGACGCCUCCAAGACAGAUGACUCGGCCCCAACACUUAAGUGAGGACCAAAAGAGUGACUUGGCGCUCCUUUCGGAAUUGGGCAAGGCUAUCCAUGGUCACAGACUUAAGAAAGGGGCCACUCCUUUCUUUCACCCUCGCCCCGAAGCAAUGGCCUACUUUGACCACCUUCCACAGCAUGAGAUCGACAACUUCACGGCUUUGACAGGGGACCCUUCAAUCCGUAUUGGAUACUCUAAACGCUCCGCGACUGACCUGGUCGAAAAUGCCAUGCGACUGGCUGGUGAGAUCGCCGCUAAAUGGUGCCACGAGCGUGGCAUUCCAAUCCCGUUCCGCACGCAGCCCCACGCCACGCAGAACAUCGACAAAGUCCAGCAGUACACCCGCGACGUCUUCUACCCUCUGCUCAGAGCAGGUAUCCGGCCCGACGAUAACCAGUGGCGCUACCUCUGGACUCUCACCGGAAACGACGAGCUUACUACGACCGCCGGCCCGUACUUCACGCUCGGCGUCGAUAUGUACACCAAGGCGACAUCCCCGCUCCGUCGGUUCUCGGACUUGAUCGUUCACUGGCAGAUCGAAGCCGCCCUUUUGAAGGAGCACACCUCCGGCACUUCGCUAAGCGGCAACAAGAGCGACGACUCAUUCCUGCCCUUCAGCCGCAAGCAGCUAGACCGCAUGCUCCCUAUGAUCCGGGUGCGCGAAAAGCAAGCGCGCGCCCUGAUCCGCGGCGAGGGCGGCGAUCAGUGGAUCCUGCAGGCCUUGGUGCGCGCGUGGCGCUUCGGCGAGGCCAAGAUCCCCGAGACAUUCCAGUUCACGGUCUUGCACGUGAACGGCCGCCGGUCAGCCCAAGGACGUCUGGAUUGGUUCGAGCGGACUGCUCUCUUGCGCACCGAGACUCUGAACGACGUCAUCCGGAUGGCCGAGGUGCGCGUCGGAGACGUCUACGAAGUUAAGCUGCAUAAUGUCAACGUGCAUACGAAUAAGGUCUACGUCGAGGCGGUUAAGGUCCUGAAGAAGGUGGGUGAGGAGGAGAUUAUUGUGCCGGAGGGGAAUAAGGCUGAGGUCGUCGAGGCUUAGGGGCCUGGCUUGGAGAGAAGGGAGAGGAAGGGGAAAGGGAUACAUCUUGCUAUAGAUAUUGCUACGCGUGUUAUGUAAAAUACGAUGUAUACGUAUAUAAAAAACGACUCCAUUACUUCGAA